AUGAAUCCUAUCUACAAGAAGGUCCCGGUUUUGAUUCACAACGGGAAGCCUGUUUGUGAUUCUUUCGUUGCACUCGAGUACAUCGAUGAGUUGUAUGAAAAUUUCGGGCGAAAAAUAUGGUCAACAAAAGGAGAAGUGCAGGAGGGAGCUAAGAAGGGCUUGAUAGAUUCACUCAAGUUACUGGAACAAGCUGCAUUGGGAGACAAGCUUUACUUUGGAGGGGAAAGCUUUGGUUUUGCGGAUAUUGCUUUGAUCGGGAUUUACAGCUGGUUUUAUGCCUUGGAGAUCUUUGGAAACUUUAGCAUAGAGGCCGAGUGCCCAAAGCUUGAUGCUUGGGACAAGAGAUGCAAGCUAAGGGAGAGUGUUUCUAAGUCUCUACCCGACCCUCAUAAGAUUUAUGAGUUAUUACUGGAGCUUAAAAAGACUUAUGAACUAGAAUAG